CUGCACCAACACUUAUACACAAACAUACCAUUGACACUUUUGCUUCCACACAAAUAGCAAACAUGAAGGCCUCACUCUGCCUGGUUGCCCUCGCCAACGCCCUCCUCGCCGCCGCCAGCCCCACCGGGGCCGUGUCCAGCGCCGCGGUCAGCUCUGAUACCACGCCAUUUACCCAGGACGUUUUCGCGCAUGCAGACGUUGGUGUUGACGAGUACUGCGGCGGAUUCAACGCCCCCGGAUGCAGCGACUUCUGCUACCGUCUCGGCUACCGCUGCUACCAGUGCACUUCCAGUUACUGCUGGUGCACCAACGACGGAUGCUAGGUCUAUUCAACCUAGGUUGAGCCGAACUGAGGAUCCUCCCUGGGCAGAUUGAGGACGUCUACCUUACCCAUCCGCCCCAACGGGAUUCUCAACGUUGCGGGGGCUGUUGCUGAGAGGUCAUGGGUUCCUUUCUUGAUCGGUGACUGUAUGAACUUUGGAACUCGGGAUGUGGUUUGAAACUGUUGUCAGUUGUUCGUUCAACCUGCUCUGAUCAAACUGUCUGCAGCACACCAAUAAUUAAUUGUCUAUCUUUCUACCGUGCUAUCCCUGUCCAGAGAUUGUGUUUCCUUGUUUCAGAAGACCAACAAUAGCCGUCAUGACAGACACAUACCUGGUUAAAUUGUAUUUUGAGACAGAACGGAAACCUCCAGUCUGAAGCUCGAGGUUUGGAUCCAGUUUCCCAGUCCGAGGUCUGGUUGCCCCAGUCAAGCCUUGUUCUCCUUCUCACCAUAAGCAAGGAUGGAACUUGCUGAUCUAAGUCUGAC